CUAUAAAUAAAUAUGGUCGAUAUGCACACUGCAUUCGUAUUUAUCGGAUCGGAUCGGAUCGUGCAAGUUAUAAAGUAUAAACUCAUGUACUACUAGUAGCUUCAACGCUCAAGAAAGCCGGCUCCUUUAUCCUUUUAGAUCCCAGUCAUGGCGAUCGUCGUUAGCUCCUUGGCCUCCGGAUCCUUGCCAUGCAGUCCGGAGGUUUCUGGGCGACGACGGAGCUCACUAGUGUCUGCACCGCCUCGUCGCCGGCAAGCCCUCGCCGGCUUGGCGAUCAAGUCGCGGGGCAUCAACCGUGUCCAGCCGACGACCAGAGGAGCAACACGGAUCCCCGCAGCCGCAGCUGGUCCAAGCUCCGGAGACCGAGCAGGAGGAAACUUCCCAGUUCCCAACGUGCCUUCAUGGGUGAAGAUGCUCGUCGGUGUCUUCUUUGCCGCAGUACCUCUUUACAGACAGAUGAGAGCCCUGGAAGAUAAGGUUGAGCAGACGGCAGAAGUAGCAAUUGAGGUGGUCGAAAAAGUGGCUGAGGUAGCUGAGAAAAUUGCUGACGAUGUCUCUGAAGCAUUUCCCGGUAAUGAUAACGUAAAAAAGGCAACAUCCAGGAUCAAGGCCAUCGCAGAUGAAAUUGAGAAGGACGCGGAGAAAGCCGAGGCCCUAAUCGAGAAGGUCGAUGAGAUAGAGAAAGAGAUGGAUUCCGUAGUGGAUUCUGUAAUUGAGAAGGUCAAGAAGGAGAGAUCAUUGAGAAAGAACUCUAUGAGAGGAGACGAUGGCGAUAGGAAACAGAAGUAACACUUACUACUAGUAGGUGUUAACAGAGUAUCGAGGCAAAAUGCAGAUAUUACUUUGUACUAUUCUUUUCCCUGUUUAAGAUGAUCACGGAUCGGAUUCCCUAUUCCAUUUCAUAGAAACCAAACCAAUAUUGAAGCACAAGGCUACCGCUUA